UGCCGGACCAUCUUGGCCCAGUUGCCACCUUCCUUAUUAUGGCCCCUGUCACGGACCUCGGCUUCAGCCUGAGAGAAAACCUGAUCAAAUCUCGACAAUUGCCGGUCAAUGUCACUGGCCCUGAAAACACACAAAACAAACGGGACCAAGAUAAUGAUGGCGAUGAUACGAUAUUUUCUCAUUUGUGCCAAAGCAAGCCGAAACAAUACGAGUUCCUUCCGAUAUCUUCACUGGAACUCCUAUUCAACCUUGAGGGAACCAAAAAGAUCAUUGCCGAAGCUUUCCCAGGCGAGAACCAUCAAGAUUUGUGCCAGGAAAUCUGUGGGAAUGGCUAUAGGCAGAGCAGGAUUCGAAUCAUGGCGGUGCUCUGUCAAAUGGAGCGACCUCAGCUUCUCAAAUCCUUUCUCGAACAUAAGGUGUUCGACGACUCGCUCCCAUUAGACACGCAGUUGAACGGAUUCGGAUGGAAGUUGAAAGACCUGGUCAACUGGAGAGACAAACAAUACAAGGCGAUUGCUCCAUUCUUUCAUUUAAACACCAAAAACCCCGAGCAUUACCGCCUAGAUUCGAACGUACAAAUUCCUUUUCUUUCACGUCGUGCCAGAGGCAACGGGGCUCAUGGGGCAGUUUCUGAGGUCUGCUUGCACAAGGAUCAUUAUUUUUGCGAAGAAAGCAAGGACUUCGAUCUCACGGGACCUUAUUUCUCGUUGAAGGAAUUCAACCGUGGAAUGACAACUGAGUAUUUGAACGAGAGAAAAGGCCUAGAACGGUUUAGUGGAUCAAACUCUGGUCAUCCUCAUCUCAUCCGGCUCUUGAUGUCGUAUGAAUAUGAUGGCCGGUACUUUAUGAUCUUCCCAUUGGCGGAAUACGACAUGCUUGAUUUUUGGAAAGUGGUUUCGAACAACCCUACAUCCCCCAAGUUUCUAAACUGGGUACUGACUCAGUGCCAUGGUCUCGCACAGGGACUCCAGAACAUUCACAACUAUGACGCUAAACUCAAGGACGGGUCAAACAAGCAUAAGGGGCGGCACGGCGAUAUCAAGCCUCGGAACAUACUCUGCUUUGACUCUCCAGGGAAAGAUAGCACUGAUGGUGAUGUUACCCGGUAUAGACUUGUCCUUGCCGACUUCACUUUCAUGCGGUUUCAUUCACCAUUGUCUUGUGACCAUAGCACAGAGUCCACUAUGAGAUAUACUCGCACGUACCGACCCCCGGAAACCUGCUCCGAUAAGGUCAGCCAAAAGCAUGAUGUCUGGACAUUGGGGUGCGUCUAUUUAGAAUUCAUCACAUGGCAUCUUCUUGGACAUGAAGCCAUUGAUGAAAAGUUUUCCAUAAAAAAAGAUGGACCCAAGCUACAGGGUUUCCGGACUUUGCGGACUCUUGAAGAUCCUGUCGAUGACAGAAUUGCCAAGGAUACAUUCUUUAAACUGGAUACAAACGGUAAAGCACAUCUUAAGGAGUCAGUACCGAAGUGUCAGUGGUGUUCCUAUUUACGUGGAAGAGAGAGCUGCUCAACCCAGCUGUUGGAUUUCAUCAACUUCAUCCAGGAGCACAUGCUAGUCGUGGAACUGGACAAGCGCAAAGACAUUGACUUCAUAUGCGAGAAACUGGAUACGAUAUUGAAUGACAAAGAUUUAGCACACAUUCGUUUAGUUGAAGACCAACCAACCGAGAAAGUCCCAGCCAACGGCAUACUGAAAGGAAACAGAAUCUCUGAGAGUAGCAAUGAUAUGCCUACCGAAAACGUCGACAUAGCUAUUGAUAAUAAUCCCACCAACGAUAAAUCCAUUGAACAACCGGCUGUUCCUACGAAACUUCUUAUGAGCGACCAAGAAACAUAUUUGGAGUCAUCAGCCAGUGGUCUUGAUAUCACCCAAGCUAAAGAGAAUGAGAAACACUCUGCCGAGAAUUCCAACAUUGCCUUUGAAAACAAUGCAACCGAUGACAAGUCUAUCGAACAGCCGUUUGUGUCUAAAGGGCUUCUUGUUCCCGGGAAACAACCCUCUAUGAAGCCGUCUUCAUCUGGCAGCCUUCGUAGUACUCUUCAUAGUACUCAAGUUGAGGACAACGAAAAACUUUCUGCGGAACCAAACCGCCCAUUGAAUUCCAACAAACCUUCAACGAAACGUGCUUGCCAGAGCUCCUCUGAUGAGACAAGACGAAAUUGGAUAGCCCGAAAAUUAUACACACCUAAGAAACACGUAAAGAAGUGGUGGUUCAAGUUCAAAGAGUUCAAAGUCUCAAUAGAAAGAGGUCAAUUU